AUGCACGCGUGUCGUGAUGUACAGAAAAACCGUACGCCCGUGCUUUCUCAGGGAUUAUAUUGGGUGGGUUUUUGCAGAACGAGGAGUACCUCUCAUUUCCAUCAGCUCCCCGCUACCGUCCACCACAUUCAUAAAUAAAGAUGGAGAUGAAGGUGGAGAGGAAAGGAUCAAUAGAAGAAGAGAAGAAGGAGAAGGUGGAUUUAAGUGGAAUGUCUUUGGAUACUCUUCCAAAUCUUUCUACAAAUGUACUGUUGAUUACAGAGCUAGACAUCUCAAAUAACAACCUAGAGAGUAUUCCCGAAUCUCUAACGGCGAGGCUGCUGAAUGUAGAGAAAUUAGACGUGCAUUCGAAUCAGCUGAAAUCGUUGCCGAAUUCGAUUGGCUGUCUAUCUAAGCUUAAGGUGUUGAAUGUCUCUGGCAACUUAAUCGAAUCAUUGCCUAAGAGCAUAGAGAAUUGCAGGGCCCUAGAAGAACUGAAUGUCAACUUCAACAAGCUGACCAGGCUCCCAGACACCAUCGGAUUCGAACUGACCCACCUUCAGAAGCUCUCAGUCAACUCCAACAAGCUAGCCUACCUUCCCUAUUCCAUCUCCCACAUGACCACCCUGCGCAUUUUAGACGCCCGCCUCAACUGCUUGCGGGUCCUUCCCGACGGCCUCGAGAACCUAAUCAAUCUCCAAAUCCUCAACGUCAGCCAGAACUUCCAGUACCUCAACACCCUUCCAUACUCCAUCGGCCUCCUCAUCUCACUCAUCGAACUCGACAUCAGCUACAACAAGAUCACGAUCCUGCCUGACUCGAUCGGAUGCCUAAAGAACCUCCGGAAACUGUCCGUCGAGGGGAACCCGUUGGUGUGUCCGUCGAUGGAGGUCGUGGGCCAGGGUCUCGACGCGAUCAAGGAGUACCUCAGCGAACGGAUGAAAGGUAAUGAACCAGGCACGAAGCGACGGUCUUGGAUCGGCAAGUUGGUCAGGUACCGUACAUUCAACGGUCAGACCGUGAAUGGGGCCCAUGACCAAGAUGGGUUUUUGCUGUCAGAUUACCGUUCAAUUGAUGGGCUCGCCUCACCAAGGUUUAUGGGCCUGUUUUCGCCGCGCCGGCUCUUCUCACCUAAGAGCUAUUUUGCCAGGUGAUGCACACGUGCAGUCCAUCAUGGAAAGGGAGGUUUUUGAGUUAUGUAAGUUGUUUUUUUUU